AUGGGCGACGGCACGACGUACCGCAAAUCGCUCUCGAUUUCCAAAGCUUCGCUGUUAGCGGUGAUUUGUUUUCUGAUUGGAUUCGUAACGCGCGGAAAUUUAGGUGAUUUAUCAUCGACGAAGAUGAUUUUGCCGACGACGCAAAAAGAUGUAGACGGAGAAGAUCCGAGUCCAGGGGCACUCAGAAACGCGCAAGUCAUUGAAAUCGACGACGACGACGACAGUGUUCACAAAGAUGAUGAUUUGGGAGAGAAAGACGUAAAAAAUCUUGCAGGUGGAGUUACAGAAGAAGAAAUGGAAGAAGAAAAGUUGAACAGCGAAGACUCGAACGCGCUGGACAAAGUCGGCGCACUUGGCGACGAGUACUUGACCGAGCUGAAAUUUCAACUCCUCUCGACGGCGCCUCGGUCGGUGAUGUACCGAAAUUUCGCCAGCGAUGCGGAUUGCGAUGCGAUCGUGGAAGCGGCGAGGAGUCGAUUGCACAAAUCCGGUUUGGCGUUGAAAAGAGGCGAGACGUUGGAGACCACGAAGAACAUUCGGACGAGUUCCGGGACGUUUUUGACAUCAAAAAUGGAACAAAGUGGGGCGUUGAAACGCGUGGAAGAGAAGAUGGCGCGCGCGACGCACAUUCCAGCGACGCACGGGGAAGCUUACAACAUUUUACGCUACGAAAUCGGCCAAAAAUACGAUUCGCAUUACGAUAUGUUUGAUCCCUCGCAAUACGGUCCGCAAAGAUCGCAACGCGUCGCUAGUUUUCUUUUAUACUUGACCACCCCAGACGAAGGAGGUGAAACCGUGUUCCCGUUGGAAGGUCAAAACGGAUUAUAUCGGUUACGCGGGAUCGAUUACACGAGUUGCGAGGCUGGAUUAAAAGUCAAGCCGAGGAAAGGCGACGCGCUUUUGUUUUGGAGCGUCCAUCCGAACAACACGUUCGAUCGAAGUAGUUUACACGGCGGGUGCCCAGUCAUCAGCGGGACGAAGUUUGUCGCGACGAAGUGGAUUCACGAUAAUCGUUGGACGUUAUAG